CAUUUCAAUGGAAACAAUACAAAAUGAAAGAAGUAGACUGCAUGAAGGUGUUUGCUGGUGACCAGGAGGAGUUGGCUCGCUCGGUACAAGUCCACAAAGACCUGCCUGCUCUUCCCACUGAGAAGGACAUAACCAGGCUGGCCAACAACUGCCAGGCUCUUCAGCAAGAGUAUGGAUUCAUAAUGAGCUUUCUGACAGAGGAGGAAAGAAACUUUCCUAUUGCCUACAGCAUCCUCGUAUUUAAAGAUGCUCACCAGGUAACUCAGUUGUUACAAGCCAUAUAUCGGCCUCAGAACGUCUACUGUAUCCAUGUCGACCAAAAGGCGGACCAGUCCUACCGUGACACAAUGGCAGCCAUAGCUGACUGCUUCCAUAAUGUCUUUCUCGCCUCACGAAGUGUGGACGUUCAGUGGGGGACCUUCACUGUGCUGGAACCGGAACUGAUCUGCAUGAAAGACCUGUGGCCCUUCAAGAAAUGGAAAUAUUUCAUCAACCUGACGGGCCAGGAGUUUCCGCUGAGAACCAACUUUGAGCUUGUUCGUAUUUUAACGGCGUACAACGGGGCCAACGGUGUAGACGGCACUGUGGAAAGUGCGUACGCUAACCGCUGGGCAUCAGCAGCUCCGCCCCCGCACGGCAUCGUCCCGACCAUGGGGUCAGUGCACAUCGCUGUCAACAGGGACUUCGUGGACUACGUUCUCCACAGUCCAGUAGCUCAGGACUUUCUCAACUGGACUCAGCUUGUUGCUAUUCCUGAUGAGACGUUUUUCUCAACCCUCAACCACAACCCACAGCUUGGCAUCAGAGGUUCUUAUAAAGGCCCACGUGAAAGGGAUCACGUUUUCAAGCCGUACCUCACUCGAUUCAAAAACUGGGGAGCUUGCCCCUUUGAUUAUCCUUGCGCUGGUGGACUGCGCGUGCGCCAGGUGUGCAUCUUGUCAACAGGUGAUCUCCCUUUGCUGGACAAGCGCCCAGAGAUGUUUGCCAACAAGUUCUACCAGGACUACAGUCGUGUGGCACUGGAGUGUCUACAUGAACGACUGUACAACCACACGAGGGAUGAGUUCUUAGGCAUGAUGGGGUUUGAUACAAGUUAUUAUAGCAAUUUAGCUUUCAUACAAAAUACGGUGACUGCCGAGGAGGCUACGCAGAUAUUAGAUACUCAGUCAACAUUUAAAUCAGCGGUUAGUGCUCCUAACUGACUGUUAGCUUAAGAUUUAGAGUUACAGUGUCAAAGGACAGGAAUGUAUGACAACUUGGAAUUUUAUGACCUCACAUUAGUAUGAUAGAGAGAUCACAUGUAAUUAGAAAUGAUAGAGAGAUCACAUUACGGAUCUGUCUCGAUAUCAAGUAAGACAAACACUAGCUGGCAGACAGACAGUGAAGAGACGGAAAGACAGAAGGAAGAGCAGGUGACUUUAAAGUUCAGGUUAGUUGCUGUUUCACGUUGAUCAUGGUAGUUAUCUCUAAUGUAGUCUACUGUUGAAUAAAUUUCUGGAUUUUUUUUUCUGAACUUAUAGCAGCCUUGUGAAGAUGAUGAGUUUGAAAGAUUGGAAUGCCCCUCCUUCUCUCAUCGCUCGCCUCCUCCAUAAUUUCAUCUCCUCCUAACAAAAGCAUUUUGCGACGAAGGGGUCAAGAGAAAACACCCUGGUGACCUCGGAUACCCGAGAAUGGCCGAGAUACUUGUUAGUAAAUAAAGGUCUUGUUCCUGCCAAGAUUAGAUAACCUGUACAGCUUAUGUACGUCGGAGAAUGGACUGAUUGUCA